CAUUCGCCUCAGCAAGCAUGCGAUGCGAAACCUAUCGCUUCUAUACAUUUGGCACUCCUCCUUUGAGCGACAUGAACACCAGACCUUCUUCUUGCCCUUUCUAUUCCUAAUACCUUCUCUCUCCUUGGCUCUCUUCUCAUGCCCCGGCCGGCCCCCUCCUUAACUCCAUGAUAUUCAGGGCCGGGGUUCCUCUUCCUCCCAACAGCUACUCACUGUUGCUGCCGCUAGACUAGCAGCUGAGCCUGAGACAUUGUGCUGUACUUCACAAAGAGCUGCUAGAUAGCCUAGGAAAUUCUGUGCCUUUCUCAAUCCACCUGGUUCUGGUUGCAUGGGUGGCGGUGGAGGCGGAGGCGGUGAAGGUGGUGUCGGUGGUGGCGCUGCGACCGUGCGGGAGCCUCAUGACUUUGGCAACGUUGCGUCCUUCUCCGAGUUGCCAUUCCUGCGCUCCGGCGCUCCUCCGCGAGAAAGCCCCAACUCUGGCAUUCGUCUCUUCGGCAUUGACGUCCCGCAUGCAUCGCCUGAGGGAAGAAUUAAAGAAGCCACCGCUGCCAGCAGCGCGACCCCUUCUGCCACCACGCAGAGCAGCAGUGGAGCUGCCAUCACCGCUGCAAGCGCCGCCCCGGACAGCAACCGCAAGUUCGAGUGCCACUACUGCUGCAGGCAUUUCCCGACGUCACAGGCGCUUGGCGGCCACCAGAACGCGCACAAGCGCGAGCGGCAGCACGCGAAGCGGGUGCAGAUGCAGUCAGCGAUGGCCGCAGCGGCAGCGGCUGCUGGCAGCGCGCACCACCACCACCACCUCCUUGGCUACCCGCAGCACCGCUUCGGUGCGACAUUCUACCCGUCAUGGACCACGGUGAGUGGCGGUAUCUCCUAUGGCCAGCAGUUCUACAGAGGGAUCGGGUCGGUCGGUCAGCCAAUCAACGGGAACCCUCUGCCUGAGGCGCAGUGGAGGAGGCCGCUGGCUGCGCAUGGCAACAUGGGCAUGCCGUUGGCUGGAGAGCGGCGGCCGGUCACGCUGCACAUGUUCGGAGAAGAGCAGAGAGCUUCCCCUUCUCUUGGGGCGGCCUCCCCCUCCUCUUCCUCUUUACUGCUCUCCCCGCAAGGUCAGUCUGCUUGCGAGCAGCCAGCCACCACCGCAGCACCCGAGGGUGUGAGCUUAGAUUUGCAUCUAUAAGUGCCUUCUCCGUUGUUUUUAGUAGAUUAUUAUUACUCCGAGAACUGAUUUCCCAAUCUUUUCCUUUGGUUGAAACUACCCUUUUACUGCAUUCGGAUCGUACCUGGCUGAUAUUACCUUUUUCCACUCGCGGCUCGUGACACGUGAGUAAUAUGUCCAUCCAUGAAAGCUUUGAUCCUGCUAUUUGCAUGCACAUAAAGAACAUUAUGGGUUGUAUGAUUAGGGUUUACCUUUUUGAUUUAUAACUUUCAUGCAGCAAGACAACUUUAUACUCAAUUGCAAAUUCUAUGAAACACUUUCAGUUCAGUUAAGCUGAGUUACACACUAAAACUGUAGGAUAUAUACAUGUGAUUAAUUUUAGGAUUCAGAUACACAUUUUUAUUUCUCGCAAUUUAGAUAACAAACAGUACAAAUUAUUAGGCAUAAAGAAGUGAUGAACAGCUUUUUUGUGUUUCUGAGUAACAAUAUAAAUUUGAAGAGACUGAUGAAUAAAACAGAUUGUAGUCUAGCAUCCAUUUAUAGGAAGGUUAUCUUCAUUUUGGUGGGAGUUUACCUUUUCAUUUUUAAUAUAUAUUGAGAUAAUGGCCAGUCAUCAAUUAGCUGCCACAGGUCUGUAUGAACCUGCAGCUUAAUUAAGCAAAUAUACAUGUGAACGCAUAUAAAGUUCUGAAAGAAUACACACACAAAUGCAAAUGUUAAAAUAUUUUGAGCCCCACCAGGGGUUUAACCAGUACAUACGUUCAUAUAUAUGUGAGAAACUGCCGCUGCAACUUGGAUGCCCAAUAUAAAGGCUGUAGCUUUAUAGCGGUAGAUUCAGCUUUCUGGUGUUGAUUCAAGAUAGUUUGCACGUACUAAAAAUAUAUAUAUUAUAUGAUUCCAUUACAGUUGACUUCUUAAAGUUGACUAGGUAUUUACAGUGCUGACCCUAUCUCUCUAUCUAGAAAGCUAAGCUAUAUAUACAGGUUUAAACAAUGUACUAUUCCUAAGAAAAAGGGUCGAUGUCUCGUGUGGUCUUUUAAUAUGUGCCUACUUUUGAGUGAACUAUAUUAUAUUUAAAAAAGACCAGUAAAGUGCAUGCAGAGAUAUAUGCAAGAGAAAGAUAGGCGAGGGAAAGUACAGGUAUGAGAAGGGGGAGCAGGAAGGAUAAGGAGUUCAGAGUUCAGACAGACCAGGCACAUGAGAAAUCACAGCUCAAAAUGAUGAGUAUAUUCCCUGAGUCAGAAAGCUAGCCACCCAUAAUUAUUUCCCAACACCCAUCUAAGAUGUUAGUACUGCUAGCAAUACGAAAGCAACGAUACAUGGAUCUUGUCCUAGGGUUUCGCCCUUAUUAAGGUAUGAGAUUUGAGAUGUCAGGCUCAUAUCUUAUGUAAAUGUCUACUGAUCAGACUAGGCAGUGGGUGCUACUCUUGUGAGAUUGUCCAAACUGAAAGAAGGUCAUUAUCUUUUUUUGAGAGAGAAAAGAAGGUCAUUAGCCGGCUGUACAGAGAUUA